AUGGCCAUCACGACCACCGACCAUGAACCGCCGGUCGCGGGGUUGGCCAUUGCACCGUUCAAGAAGAAGGCCAAGAUGCACGAGUGCUCCGUGUGCCACCGCCUCUUCGCCUCUGGUCAAGCGCUCGGAGGCCACAAGCGGUGCCACUGGCUCACCUCGGGGACAGGGGAUCACGCCAACAUCACAUCCCUGACAGCCGAAGGCCUUGUCGCCGCUGCUGGCCACCAGCUCACUCUCCGGCCAAUGAUGGACCCUCCAGAGCCGGCGCUAGACCUCACCAUCGCGGCCAACCCGUUGCCGUUGAUGGCCAGCGCGACGGUCGCCGAGGCCGGAACCAGCUCGCUGCACCUUGACGCGUCCCCGUCGUUGUACUUACAGCCAGCGGCGGCACCAAGCAAUCCCAGCCACCAGAACAAGAUGACCGCGACGAGCAGCCACAACGCUAACGACGCUGCUACUCCCCGCGAGGCCGCCGAGGACGAGGCGGACAGCACAGCCGUCAAGAAGGCCAAGCUUUGUGAUCUCAAGGAUGUGAGUGCAGCGGGGGAGACGACGCCGUGGUUGCAGGUCGGCAUUGGCUCCUCGUCGGCCGGUGGUGACGGGAAGAGUGCCUGCGAAUGA